AUGCGCUCCGCACUGGACCACGCACGCACGCACACACGCACACACAGGCUCCGCCCACCCGGAAAUACCGUGAGAUCCGGUUUCGAGGCUGGGCUUCGGGCUUUGCCCCUAGAGACUACGUUUCCCAGGACAGAUUGCGGCGCUGACCCAAUCACGACGCAGCAUCGGCGGCGCUUUGUGCGCCUGCGCCAUCUUCCGGCUCCGGGCGGCGAGUCCGCCAGUACCAGGGUGGAAGCGAGUUCUGGGCCGCUGAGGGCGCAGCUACCAUGCCCAGGGAUUCAUACUGUGGAGCAUUCCGCAUCUACUGAUGGUUCAGUCUUCCGCCAGGAGGUCAGAUGGGGCAGAAAUCCAUUUCCCUUCCCAACCUUCUUGUUCACCUUGUUCCUCCUGCAAAGACCUCCUACAGCUCCUUUAUCCCACUGUGAAAACAUUGAAAUAUGCAUAUAUCAUACAUGCCUUUUGUUCCAGGGGCCAGAAUUGUUCAGGGAUGUGGCCAUAGUUUUCUCCCAAGAAGAAUGGCAAUGUCUGAAGCCUGCUCAGAAGGAUUUGUACAGAGAUGUGAUGUUGGAGACCUACAGCAACCUGGUCUCACUGGGUCUUGCCAUUUCACAACCUGAUGUGAUCUCAUUCCUGGAGCAAGGCAGAGAGCCCUGGAUGGUGGAGAGGGCAGCAACAGGAAAACUGUGCCCAGUAUUGGAGUCUGGACAUGAUACCAAGGUAUUAUUUCCAAAGCAGCAUGUAUAUGAAGUUGACUCAUCCCAGUGGAAGAUAAUGGAAAGCUUUACAAGUUAUAGUCUUGAGUGCUCAAGUUUCCAAGAUGAUUGGGAUUGCAGAAGCCAGUAUGACAGACAGCCAGGAAAUUCAGACAGACAUUUCAGUCAAAUGAUGAUCAGUCAUGAAGAAAUUCCCACUUUUGACCAGCAAGCAUCCUGUACUUUUUAUCAGAAAAUACAUCCUGGAGAAAAACCCUAUGGAUAUAAUAAAUGUAGAAAAGACUUCUGGCAAGAAGAAUUCCUUAUUAAUCAUCAAGGAAUUCACACUAAUGAGAAACCAUAUAAGUGUAAGGAAUGUGGGAAGGCCUUUAAAUAUGGCUCACGACUAAUUCAACAUGAGAAUAUUCAUUCUGGCAAGAAACCCUAUGAAUGUAAGGAAUGUGGAAAGGCCUUCAAUUCCGGUUCAAAUUUCAUACAACACCAGAGAGUUCAUACUGGUGAGAAGCCUUAUGAAUGCAAGGACUGUGCGAAGGCCUUUAGUCGAAGCUCACAAUUGAUUGAACAUCAGCGAAUUCAUACUGGAGAAAAACCCUAUCAGUGUAAGGAAUGUGGCAAGUCCUUCAAUCGCAUCUCACAUCUUAAAGUUCAUUAUAGAAUUCAUACUGGUGAAAAACCCUAUGCAUGCAAGGAAUGUGGGAAGACCUUUAGUCAUCGGUCUCAGUUGAUUCAACAUCAGACUAUUCAUACUGGCAAGAAACUCUAUGAAUGUAAGGAAUGCGGGAAGGCCUUUAAUCAAGGUUCAACUCUUAUUCGACAUCAGAGAAUUCAUACUGGUGAGAAACCCUAUGAAUGUAAAGUAUGUGGAAAGGCCUUUAGAGUGAGCUCACAACUUAAGCAACAUCAGAGAAUUCACACUGGAGAGAAGCCCUAUCAAUGCAAGGUAUGCAGUAGGGCCUUUAAGCGUGUCUCACAUCUUACUGUACAUUAUAGAAUUCAUACUGGUGAGAAACCAUAUGAAUGUAAGGAAUGUGGGAAGGCUUUUAGUCAUUGCUCACAACUGAUUCAACAUCAGGUAAUUCAUACUGAGGAAAAGCCCUAUGAAUAUAAGGAAUGUGGGAGGAAUUUAAGUCAUGAUUCAACUACUGUUCAGCAUCAGAGGAUGCAUAAUAGAGGAACACAUGUGAAUAUAAUAAAUGUAGAAAAGCCUUCCAUCAGCACUUAUCCAUUAUUAAUCAUCAGAGAAUUUAUGUUGGCAAGCAACCAUAUGAAUGGAAGUAAUGGGGAAAGUCCAUUAGCUUAAGCUAAUCACAGC